AUGCCCUGGGGCAUUAUUUUAACUGAAAAGCUAAAACCACUUGUAAUUGAAGCCUCUAUUGAACCACAAGCAUUGGCUGGUAUUAAUUAUGUUACAUUAUCUGUUAUAUAUUGCUCUAAUCAAACAGUUUCUUCUGACAAGAAGUCUAGUAAUAACAGUAGCAGUUAUGAGGAAGUGUCUUUUGUAAAUAGUUAUGAUCAUAGUUGUAACAUUGAACAACAAAGUAAAGAAAAAUGUGAUAGAGCCCAAGAAAGUGUAUAUACACUUCAUGAUUUAUCUGAUUACUUUCCUACAAGUAUUCAAGUAAAAUUUUUACCUUCUCUUACUACUUCACAUCUGCAACUCAUGGUUGCAGCUAUUUUACCAAUGGUGCUAAAUGUUAAGACUAAAUUUGUUCAAAACACAUAUUCAGACUCUAUUGAAGAUGAAGAAAGUGAAGUUAAUGAAUUAGUAGUCGAUCUUACCUAUAACACAGACCUGAUGAUUGUACAAGAUAUAGAAACCUAUAUGAAAUUAAAUAAUGCAUAUAUAUUUACAAAAGAAAAACUUAAUAAUUAUCAAAUUGUUGAAAUCAUGUUGGCAAAAAAAUUAGAAUAUGAUCAAGGUGAUCCUGAUGAUUCUAAUGAGGAGCUAUCACAUAUUUUAGUUUUAGAAGAAUUAGAUAGAUUAAAAAAUUUUAUUUUAUUUGUUGAACAACAAAUGAAUAAUAAUUUUGAUAAAAAUGAUUUAACAUUAUUUCACAAAUAUGUACUACUUAUGAG